UAUAGAGAAAUGCCAACAGCCACAGUGAUUAUGUACGCAUACACUCUCUCUUUUUCUUUCCAUUCACGUCACUCUUUCUAACAAGUUAGGGUUUUGCUGAUUUGUAUACACAUAUUAUAUAUACAGUUACAGACAACUAAAUUAUAUGUGUAUAUGUAUCGUAAUUCGUCACUAGGAAGCCAAUUCAGGUUGAGAAUUCUGUAUCGGAAUCGAGAAUUCCUUAACUACGAAGUUAGUUUCUAAUUUUCAAUGCAAAGGACUUCAAUAAAGGGUGUGCAAGAAUGGUUCUAAUUAAUAUGUAGCUUCAGUUUUACUCACAAAGCCCUUUUUUUGCAGGGGCAUUAUGGUGAUGUUUUCCCUGUUAUCUGGCUUUGUGGGGCGAAGAUCAUUGACAACUAUGUGGUUGUGGGGCUUCCUAGUAUGCAUUAUGAUACUUAACUGUGGGAAACCACUAUCAGCAUCCACUUACUUGAUUGGCCUUGGAAGCUAUGACAUAACAGGACCUGCGGCAGAUGUCAAUAUGAUGGGAUACGCAAAUAUGGAACAAACCACUUCCGGAGUUCACUUCAGGUUGCGAGCUCGUACGUUUAUUGUUGCAGAACCUCAAGGAAACCGCAUAGUGUUUGUGAAUCUUGAUGCCUGCAUGGCCUCGCAGCUUGUUACGAUUAAAGUUCUUGAAAAACUAAAAGCAAGGUAUGGAGACCUUUAUAGUGAACAUAAUGUUGCUAUCAGUGGCACUCAUACUCAUGCUGGGCCUGGUGGUUAUCUCCAAUAUGUGAUAUAUCUUGUAACAUCUCUUGGAUUUGUACGCCAAUCAUUUGAUGCCGUUGUUGAUGGAAUUGAGAAAAGCAUCGUACAAGCUCACGAGAAUCUUCGCCCAGGGUCAAUUUUUGUGAAUAAAGGAGAGCUCAUAGAUGCUGGUGUAAACCGUAGUCCUAGUGCAUAUCUCAACAACCCUUCAACAGAGCGGAGCAAAUAUAAGUACAAUGUUGAUAAAGAAAUGACUCUUUUGAAGUUUGUCGAUGAUGAAUGGGGCCCAAUCGGAAGCUUCAAUUGGUUUGCAACACACGGAACUUCUAUGAGCCGUACAAACUCAUUGAUUAGUGGUGACAAUAAAGGAGCUGCUGCACGUUUUAUGGAGGAUUGGUAUGAAAAAAAUGCUAUUCAGAAUGACAAUGGAAGACUGAAUCCUGAGAAACGCGAAGUUGUCAGAAUCCCCCGAAGAGUGUCCAGCGUGAUACCUAGCCUUCAUGAAAACCGUAAAGAGUUGAUGGAACUUGCAUCUUCCUUCCAGUCUUCUCCAGGAAAACCCACAACAAAAAUUUCUAGUGUUGCAAGAAGGGUCAGAAGUGCCCUUAGGCAAGCCGACAGGCCUCAGUUUGUAUCUGCAUUCUGUCAGUCGAAUGUUGGCGAUGUCAGCCCGAAUGUACUCGGUGCAUUUUGCAUAGACACUGGGUUGCCUUGUGAUUUCAAUCACAGUACUUGCAAUGGAAAAAAUGAAUUGUGCUACGGCCGUGGCCCAGGUUUCCCUGAUGAAUUUGAAAGUACACGUAUCAUUGGAGAAAGGCAAUUCAGAAAAGCUGUUGAACUUUUUAAUACAGCAUCUGAGCAAAUAAAAGGGAAGGUUGGUUACCUACAUGCGUAUGUGGACUUUUCCAAACUUGAGGUCAUGAUCCCAAGGGAAGGAGGAGGGGGUUAUGAGAUGGUGAAAACAUGUCCAGCUGCAAUGGGCUUUGCUUUUGCUGCAGGAACAACUGAUGGACCUGGAGCUUUUGAUUUCAAGCAAGGAGAUGAUAAGGGAAAUCCCUUCUGGAGGCUGGUGAGGAAUUUACUAAAAAACCCAAGUGAGGAACAGGUCAAGUGUCAGAAUCCAAAGCCUAUUCUUCUUGAUACUGGUGAAAUGAAGGAACCAUAUGAUUGGGCGCCCUCAGUACUUCCAAUUCAAAUCUUGCGAAUUGGGCAACUUGUCAUUCUCAGCGUACCUGGAGAAUUCACAACCAUGGCUGGCAGGCGCCUCCGAGCUGCUGUUAAGAUGGUUCUGACUUCUGGGGGCAAUAAGGAAUUCAACAGCAAUAUCCAUGUUGUUAUUGCAGGGCUGACAAAUACAUAUUCACAGUAUGUGACCACUUUUGAGGAGUACCAGGUGCAGCGAUAUGAGGGAGCAUCUACUCUUUACGGUCCACACACACUCAGUGCCUACAUUCAAGAGUUCAGGAAACUAGCUGUGGCUCUUGUUACUAGUCAAGCUGUCGAAGCUGGCCCACAACCCCCAGACCUCCUCGACAAGCAAAUCAGCUUUCUUACACCAGUCGUCAUUGACAUGACCCCUAUUGGUGUGAACUUUGGUGAUGUUAAAAUUGAUGUCCCUUCAAAUUCCACCUUCAAGAGGGGAGACACAGUUACUGUCACUUUCUGGUCUGCUUGCCCGAGGAACGAUCUCAUGACUGAGGGCACAUAUGCAUUGGUUGAGAUUCUUCAGGGCGCAGACGAAUGGACUCCAUCAUACGAUGAUGAUGACUUUUGUUUGCAGUUCAAGUGGUCAAGGCCUGCUAAACUCAGCCCUCGAAGCUAUGCAACUAUGGAAUGGACAAUUCCAGAUUCUGCAGUUUCAGGAGUGUAUAGAAUAAGGCAUUUUGGUGCUUCGAAAGGGAUUUUAGGUUCAAUCCACCAUUUCACAGGUUCAUCUAGCGCUUUCGUAGUGGCAUAAGAAUAUUUGACCUUAUAAUUCGUGUUUGAUAUAUCAUUAGAUGACUAUGCUUUUAGCAUAAGCAGACCUUGUCAGAGUCAAUAGCGUGUUGUAUCAAAACAGGAAAGCAAAAUGGAAUAAUAUAAAUAUCCUGUAUUUUUUUUUUUUUUUGGUGGGUAGAAAAACACUACAGAAGACUGAGAGUCUCAUAAACCAAGAAAUGGGGAGAUUGAUUUGGCAUGUGAGAUGUGCCUAAAACUGCUGACUUUUAAAGUUAUAAAUGAGGUGAUCCCUGAAUGGUUCAGCCCAA